AUGAGACGCAAGACCACCCCUAUCAAUUUCAAAGUUCCAGUAACGCAGGCCUCCACACUUUACAGCCCAGCCACGGACAUCUUAGAUAUUCCCACCAAUCAUGGCACAUCAGACUCCCAUACGAAACAGGUCGAGAAGGAAAAAGAUAAACGGACGGAUUCACUGGCGCAAGAACACCACAUUGCUCAAAACUGCCUUGAGAUAUUCAAACGGUGGCAACGGGAGUAUAGGAGGCAGUUCAAUCGCUCUACGAGCACAGAUGCCUCAACUCACCAACGGAUAUCUUCUGUUGAGGACGGGAGCAACAAGCUUCUAAGUGAGAGUAAUCGACAGUCACUCUCAAGCACGCAGACCGAUAUUGUCUCGUCCACCCGGCUCUUCUCUAUCAAGAAGGCCCAGGAUACAGAGUGGAUGAUGGAGACCAACUUUGAGGAGUUAAAAAAUCUUCCAGAGCCUAAGAGACUGAGACGGGACUCGAGCGAGGAUAUUCUGACGAGCGAGGAUACUCUGAAGAACGAGGAUACUCUGAUGAGCGAAUGCUCUGUUGAUAAACAGCCGGAACCCGCGUUCUCAGGGCUCGUAGAAUUAACACUCGCCGCGGGUUACUUACCAGACAUCGACAAAAAAAGGAAGAGGGGUGUGGUUACCAAAGUCAACGGAGCUUCGAAAAAGAAGCGGAAGUAUUAUCUUAGUCAAGAAGAAGCGGACAAAUCUCGUGAAGAUUUGAGGAAUACCCGGGAAGAUGCUCACGAGCUCGAGAUGGAAGGUAUCCCGUUGGAUACGCCAUUUCGCUACACUAGAAGCCAGCAAAGAGAGCUGAAUUCCAUAUUGCCCAGAUCCGGCUUGAAGAUACCCCCAUCUAGCGACGGCAGCCCCGUGCAGGAAUCGAAAAAGGCCAGACCUCGUAGUGAGUUCGAAUUUCAUGAGACAGGCGCAUACGCCAAAACACGCGUCGAAAAGCCCCAUCUGGAGCGUGAAAAACUUGAUCAAGUCCCAAAAAGGAUGAACAGGGCGAGAUCGUUACGCGCAUCGAGAACCGAGAUCUGA